ACGUUAAGAUAAUGUAAGGCAGGUUGCCCUUGACGAUCGGUCUACCGUGCUCAGGAGUUGCCAAGACAAAGUCUCGCCACUCCACUCCCGACUCGCGCUCAGUUGGCGUGUGUACUCUGCCUCUGCACUAAUCCUACACCUGCACAGCUUCCAUAUAAGAAGGAUGUCUCUGAUAGGUCCAGACCUCCACCAGAGCAAGCUGAUAUGGGAGGAAAUCGGCGAGACAGGACCAGAUAAGCUGGAGAACAAUAUCAAACUCCUGAAGGAGUGGAUAUCCUGCCAGCCCCACCUGCCGAAGAAUUAUGAUGAGAGAAUGCUGCCGUUGGUCGUCAGAGGCUGCAAACACAACCUUGAAAGAGCGAAGGUCAAAGUUGACACAUACUACAGUGUGCGGGGCUCCAUGCCUGAGAUAUUUCAAUCAAGAGAUCCACUCGGUCAAGAGAUCCUAGAAGCGUCCAAACACAUGAUAAUCACGCCUCUGCCAAACCUGACUCCUGAGGGGUACCGAGUCACAGUCCACACGUUCACCAACGCCCCAGUGGCAGACUUCGAGCCGGCCUCACUUUACAAACUGAUCUUCAUGAAGGCAGACAUCCGGAUGGUGGAAGAGUCUCUGAUCGCCGGAGACGUGUUCGUGUUCGACGUCGGACAACUGAGCCUGACUCACAUAGCCAAGCUGGCGACCCCCCUCAUUAAGAGCGCCCUCCACUGUGCUCAGGAGGCUUACCCGCAAAGACUCAAAGAGAUACACAUGAUCAAUGCACCAACUUAUGUUGACAAAGUUGUGAAUGUAUAUAAAAUGUUCAUGAAAGAGAAGAUCAGAAACAGGUUUCAUAUUCAUACAAGCUACAAGACUUUGUACCCCUUCAUUCCACAGUCAAUUCUUCCUUCUAACUUUGGAGGUGGUGGAAAAUCUGUGGAAACCUUGGAAGGUGAAUGGAAAAAGAAGUUGGAGAGCUAUGCUGACUGGUUUACCAAGCAAGAAUCCAUAGUAACAAACGAAAAACGGAGAUUGAGCAAAAGUACAUCAACCCAGAAUACAGACAACAUAUUUGGGUGUGAGGGAGCCUUCCGAAAACUUGCUAUAGAUUGAAUUGUGUAUAUCUUCUGUUUGGUAUAGAAUUAGCAAUCUAUCAUUUUGUACUCAUUCCUAUUGUUUUAAAUAUUGUUACAUAUCAAGAUAAGAUGUAUAGUAUGAUUGUUUUGUAAAUAAACAUUACACAAAUUUGUAGCCUUA